AUGCCCGCCGGACCCCGGGACGGCCUCGACGAGGAGUCGCUGCAGGAGCUGCGGAGCCGGGCGACGCGGCUGCUGCUCAAGGAGGACUGGGAGGGGUACGCCGCCGUCUGCUCCCGCAUCGUGCACGGCGCCGCCGCGACGGACCGCCGGGUGCUCUGCUCCGCGCUCGCCCACCGCGCCGACGCCCGCGCGCGCCUCGGCGACCGCCCCGGCGCGCUCGCCGACUGCGACGCCGCGCUCGCCGCCGACCCGACCCACCCGGCCGCGCUGCUCGCCAAGGGCGCGCUCCUCCGCGGCCUCGGCCGCUACGCGCACGCCGCCGACUGCUUCCGCGCCGCGCUCCCCGCGGGCACCUCCGGCGCCGACGAGGCGCGGGAGAUGCUCGGGCAGUGCAGGCGCCUCGAGGCGCAGGCCAGGAGCGGGACGGUGGACCUGUCGGACUGGGUCCUCGCCGGGUUCUCCGGGAAGUGCCCGGACCUCGCGGAGUUCGUCGGCCCGGUGGAGGUGCGCCUGUCCGCGCACGGCGGCCGAGGGGUCUUUGCGGUGAAGGGCGUUGAGGCUGGGGCCACGCUGAUGAUCUCCAAGGCGGUGGCGACUGGGAGGGGGGUGAUCCCGGAUGCGGCGGACAGCGACGAGAAGAUGGUGGUCUGGAAAGACUUCGUAGACAAGGUGCUCGACGCUGCGGAAAAGUGCCGGAGGACGGCGUCGUUGAUCUAUGCUCUGUCAGCCGGCGAGGAGCAGGAAGACGAGCUCGCCGUGCCGGACAUGGCACUGUUCAAGCCAGAAUCAGAGGAUCUCAGUGACGGCGUACCGGAGGCUGGCAUUGGCACACGAGAGGCUCUCGAUGUGGACAGGGUCAUGAAGGUGCUCGACGUCAAUUGCUUGACCGAGGACGCGCCGUCCGCCAAUCUGCUCGGCAACAGUGGCAUCGUCAACUGCGGCGUGGGGCUGUGGAUCUUGCCGUCGUUCCUAAACCACUCCUGCCAUCCCAAUGCCCGGCGCACCCACGUCGGGGACCACGCCAUUGUUCACGCCUCAAGGGACAUCAAGGCCGGAGAGGAGGUCACGUUCCCCUACUUCGACGUGCUCACGCCGGUGGGGAAGCGCCGGGAGGCAGCAAGGGCGUGGGGGUUCGAGUGCCGGUGUGACCGGUGCCGGUUCGAAGCCGAGGACGCCGUUCUCAGGCAGGAGCUCGUGAGAUCAGAGAACGAGUUGGUCAAUGGAGGAGCAGACAUGGGAGCACUGGUGGUGCGGCUUGAGGACAAGAUGAGGAAGUCCAUGGUGAAGGAGAGGCGAAAGGCAUUCGUGCGCGCAUCUUUCUGGAGCGCGUACUCUUCCUUGUUCGACAAUGGCAGGUUGAUGAGGAAAUGGGGAAGGAAGGUUCCUGGAGAGGCUGUCGUCGCAGAGAGCAUCGCCGGCUCGGUCGGCGGGAGUGAGACAGUGCUGAGGGCAAUGCUGAGGGGCUCCAACGAUGGCAAUGGCUGCGGCAAUCGGCUGGAGGUUGAGGACAAGGUGGUGAGGAUUGGAAGGGCUACCUAUGGCAAGGUAGUGAAGAGGCAGGCAAUGAGGGCUCUCUUCAGACUUACACUGGAGGGUGACAACAGCAAAAGCCUCUAG